CCCACAAACCCAUGGAAGUACUGGGAAUGGCUGCGGGAAAAUGUGCACGCAGGCCUGGACUCCCGAUCCCUUUCCCCGUGCAGAGCAAAACGGGGGAAACCAGAAGAGUUCGCACGAGCCGGGAGGCAUCUGGGCCCCCUUAGGAGCCCGGAAUUCCGGGACUGAGAGUCUCCGUGGGGACUGAAGAAGAAAGUUCGGUCUCUGGCUGUGCCUUGGGAAAGAAGAGGUCUUAUGGCUCCAGGCACCACCAAGUUGUCACCAGGCACCGAGCUUUUCUGAUAUCUAGGCUGUGGGCUCCGAUGGGAGCCAGGGCGAGGUGGGUGGACCCCCUGUAUACAUUUCUGCUAGGAGUACCCAAGUCCUUCAUGAGGUGUGGGGUCACUCUCAGACGCCCAAUAAGUAACGGGCAGCGAGCACCACACCGAGUAAAUGAAUGAGCCACUCUCUAGAUCUAACGGUGGUGUCUGCAUCCAUCUUUCUUGUGUGUGGUAAAAUAGUGGCACUCUCUCCAGGACUUCAACAAGGGACCAGGCAUGCAGGCUACAGGGAUGGAAGAGAACCCGGUCUAUCCCGGUUACAAAUGAUGUGGGAUCUGGUCCUGUCACAGCAAUGGGAUGAGGCCUGAACAUUGGCUUGCCUUUCGGGGCCCCUCCGGAGUGUUUCCUAGUAGUAUAGUUGCAAGUUCGGCUGAGAAGAGUUUUGUAGGGCCUGGGGGUCAGAACAAGAACAGGCUUGUUGGUCAUCCUCAGUGAUUUUACAGAGCCUUCGCCGCCCCCCCCCCCGCAAAUAUGUUGUUUUCUUAUCCUGCGUUGGCGCUCCCCAACCUCUCUUAGGUCAGAGCCAGCGGGACCGCCUUGGCUGAGCCACUGGAGUUAGAUCUCUUCUCUAAUUUGACUUAUUUGAUAUUGAGGACUUAAACUAAUUGGGCAUAAUUCGAUAUUUUAGGAAAUGGUUUGCGGAUGUUUUUCCUGGAGGGAAAAAUUUGUGCUGGCCUAAGGAUGGAGGUGUUUUUGAAGGGCGUGGGAUGGGAGAAACAAAGUGUGUGUGACGAUUGCCAAGGAUACAGCACGGUCACCUUUGACGGGACGCCCAGCUAUGGUCACACGCCUUCGCACCACGCGGCACAGUUCCCCAAUCAUUCCUUCAAGCACGAGGACCCCAUGGGCCAACAAGGCUCGCUGGGCGAGCAGCAGUACUCAGUGCCGCCCCCAGUCUACGGCUGUCACACGCCCACCGACAGCUGCACGGGCAGCCAGGCUCUGCUGCUGAGGACGCCCUACAGCAGUGACAACUUAUACCAAAUGACUUCCCAGCUGGAAUGCAUGACCUGGAAUCAGAUGAACCUCGGAGCCACCUUAAAGGGAGUUGCUGCUGGGAGCUCCAGCUCAGUGAAAUGGACAGAAGGGCAGAGCAACCAUGGUACAGGGUACGAGAGUGAGAGCCACACCACACCUAUCCUCUGUGGGGCUCAGUACAGAAUACACACCCACGGCGUGUUCCGCGGCAUUCAGGAUGUACGGCGUGUGCCUGGAGUAGCCCCAACUCUUGUCCGGUCGGCAUCUGAGACCAGUGAGAAACGCCCCUUCAUGUGUGCUUAUCCGGGCUGCAACAAGAGAUAUUUUAAGCUGUCCCAUCUACAGAUGCACAGCCGGAAGCACACUGGUGAGAAACCCUACCAGUGUGACUUCAAGGACUGUGAGCGAAGGUUUUCUCGUUCAGACCAGCUCAAAAGACACCAAAGGAGACAUACAGGUGUGAAACCAUUCCAGUGUAAAACUUGUCAGCGAAAGUUCUCCCGGUCCGACCACCUGAAGACCCACACCAGGACUCAUACAGGUAAAACAAGUGAGAAGCCCUUCAGCUGUCGGUGGCCCAGUUGUCAGAAAAAGUUUGCCCGGUCAGAUGAAUUAGUCCGUCAUCACAACAUGCACCAGAGAAACAUGACCAAACUCCAGCUGGCACUUUGAAGGGCGCAACUUGGGGACAGUUUGGUGUCCCAGGCAGGACCGUGUGUGAACUACUUUCAAAUCUGGUUUUUGAAAUUCCUCCUCACUCCCUGAAGAAGAACAUGGCUGUUGACCUUCAUCCAACAUCCAAGACAAGACACCACUGGUACCGCUGGAUUCUACCAGGUUUGCCUAGAGGAGUUGGUCUCUGAUCUGCCAACUUGUCAUUGACUCACUGGCCUGGAAAAGUAGUUGACAAGUGUCUGGUUAAUUAAAAGUCCAUGGCCCUUUGGUUUGGAUUUUCAACUGUAAGAAAAAACAAAACACUGUUAAUAAGGUCCUCUUAUCUUCCUCUUUCCCUUUAUACUAAUUUUUACUAGAAAUGAAGUGAUGGUACCAUUUGCCAUCACGGGAUAUUUAUAGGUAGAAGAUGUGCAUGUGUGUCUGCUAAUGUAAACUUUGUCAUGGUUGCCAUUUACUAACAGCUCUGGCAAGAAAUAAACCGGA